AUGUCGUCUUCCAUCAAUCCAACGUCCAUUCCAUCCGUCUCUGCUCUGCGGCAUCAGCUCGGAUAUGGCGACUCUGACCCGUCGAAUUGUCAGUCAAAAUUAUUCCAAGACAGCGUCCGGGCUUUCCGCAAGACCUUUAAAACCAGACAAGGCUAUGAAGGCAGUGCGAUGUACGAGUGGAAGUCUCCAGAGCAUCAAAGUGCUCUUGAGGAGAUGGCCCAUGAAUUUCUCGACCGUGACGGAAACGGAGCUCGACUUUGGCCGGAUGAACAUGCCCAAGGCAGUGUUAAGAAGCUCAAGUAUUCCCGUCAUGGCACGAAAAUCAAGCGAAUCCUGAAGCAGCUCUUUUGGAGAAUGAACCUGCAGCAGCACCGCAAUGGCAAAUACAGAAAGAACAAGGUGAAGACGGGCAACGUCCACACACGCACUCUUGAUGGGAGAGUAUGUCACGAGAACCCCAUCGAUGUAGAUGAGAUUGAGGAGUCACUCGAGAACUCUAGUGCGGUUGAAAUGCCUUCCACCUCAAGCUCGGCCAAGACAGAUAAGGCGGCUGCUACUUCAAAAAUUGUCGACCCAUACGAAUUAGACUCUACCUCGGAAGAGGUUCAAGGACUAUUGCAAUUGCAAAGGGGGGUUGCCACAGACUUCCAGCGCGAACCCGAAGGUCAUGGCCAAGAAGUCGAGAAUAAUUCCAACGAUCCCUUCAACCUCAUUUCCUCGACUGGCCCUAUGGAAGAUCGUCAAUUGGCGCCCUAUGCUGAAAUGAACCCUUCCGAGCCUCCUCCCAAGCGUCCGAGGGUUGACACUAUGCAGUCUCUCCAUCAGACAUCGAAGAAGAAGCGAGAUGAGGCUGCGGUCGAUCCCCAAACAAGUCUGACGUCGCCGCGCAAGCGCAAUGCGCCUCAACGCGAUGGGAUUCUAACAGGCGAACGACUGUCUGAGGCCUUGCAGGCAAUGGAUAAGGACUCCCCUCCGGAGAUGGACGCCGGCGCCAUGUCAUCUGGAGCCCACCUAGAAGUUCCUGGCGGCUCUGUCACUGGUGGCCAAGCGGAGUCGGAUCUACACAUGGGGGAAGCCAAUGCGGAGGAUGUCGAAGACAGAGAAGAUUCUGUUGACGCAUUCAUUGAUGAAGCGACCAAGCAACUGUACGUCGAAACUGAUACGCGUUCAAUUCAGCAAGAUGAGGUUAUCAGCAGCACCGAAGCAUCAGCGUCAGUUGACACCUCGUGCCCAACGAGCCCUAUUGUGGAACACAAGAAGACAGUCUCUUUCUUGGCGGACAUGAGACGUUCACAGACAAUGGCUGUAGAGCCAAUUGAAAAUGACGGCUCACCUCAGACCGCACCGUUGCGUCAAGCGCGAGUCAAAUUCGUAUAUCGCAUCAUCACUCGUUACCCGACUCGCCGGAGCUGCAUCUGGAAGCCCAGAGGAAGCUUCCGGACCAAGACGCUGGCCGAACUAGAAAAUGAGCUUCCUCUGGAGUUUGAGCGAUCCGAGCUCAAGUACCUCCUUAUUCGACUGGAAGCUCGAGACACUCAUGCGGAUCAGAUAAUUCCCUGUGGAAGAGAAGACGAAUUCGAUGCUCUGAAGCGACAUCUUGUAGACUUCAUUCGACAUUGCGUUGUAGAAUCGCUCCCUGGAGAGGAGGUCUUUGUCUUUAUUGACAUUGAGCCAUUGCCUACUCUGGAUUCGACGGAGAAAUCCUCGGAAGUAGAGCAUAUUAUGUUUGAUUGGUGA